CAUUGGGCCGUUCCUCCGCUUGAGUAUAAAAGCAGAGAUCUGGGGAUCUCCGGGGUUGCGAAAGGGAGCGGGGUCGUUUCUGCUUGCCACGAGAGACAGCGCCGAGCACGUCUGACGGCCCCAGCCAAGAAGAUGGAAGCCACGCUGGGCUACUGGAAUAUCCGAGGGUUGGCUCAUUCCAUUAGACUGCUCUUAGAGUAUACCAAGACCCCCUAUAAAGAGAAACGGUAUGUUCUCGGUGGAAAAGUGGAAAACAAUGAACUGAAAUCAAACGUUGGAAUGCUUGGCAUUGUUCCUACUAUGGAUAUGACUGAAUGGACAAGUGUGAAGGAGAAGCUGGGCUUGGACUUCCCAAAUCUCCCCUAUCUUAUUGACGGUGACAAAAAGAUUUCCCAAAGCAAUGCCAUCCUGCGAUACAUUGCACGCAAGCACAAGAUGUGUGGUGAGACUGAAGAAGAAACGAUCAGGAUGGACAUGCUUGAGAACCACCUCAUGGAUUUCCGUAUGGGCUUUGCAAAAUUGUGUUACAGUCCAGAUUUUGAAAAACUAAAGCCUGAAUAUUUGGAAUUACUACCUGGGAAACUCAAGCAGUUCUCUCAAUUUCUGGGGGACAGGCAGUGGUUUGCAGACAGAAAGCUCACCUACAUAGAUUUCAUUGCUUAUGAUGCGUUAGAUGUACAUCAAAUGCUGGACCCAAAAUGCUUGGAUCAGUUCCCAAAUCUGAAGGAGUUCCUUCAUCGCUUUGAGGCCUUGGAGAUGAUUGCUCCCUACCUGGAAUCAAGUCGCUGCAUCAGAAGUCCCAUCUUUUGGAGUUGUGCCACGUGGAACGGCAACAAAAUCUAGAAGAGACCACAGGUUUUAGGAGGGUAACAACUGGAACUGCCAUAUGAAUGAGGGAUCUUCAUUAGUCCUCCAUAUUUCCAAACUUGAUUAUGAUUCUAAGGCACGUGUUCACCUAAUAAAGAAUAUAAGAAACUGGGAAAAAAAAUAAGUCUGUUUCUUAAUCCCUCCUUGGUCUGUUUCCCCACUUUAAAUUUGGGCUCCAAUGUUGCAGCAAAGGUGGUUGCUUUUUAUAACAUGAAUAGAAAAGUUCCUUAAUAAAUGGUGCUUAGGUAACCAA